GCUAAAUUGGAGAAGAGCCCACGUGGUGCAACCAUAAUGUUGUCUUCUCGGCUUUUGCCGGGUCUGGGCAGAGUUCCCGGGCCUCUCCAGUGGAACCAGGUCCGUGGGAGUAAGCAGAAGUUCGGGGGAGCCACCAGGGACCCGUUCAAGUCGUUGCAGAGAAAGCUGGGUCGAGAACAGCAGCGAAAACACGCCAAGGUCCCGCUCAUGAGCGAGGAGAGAUCCCAGAUACGGAGAUUGGCGCCCAUAACUACAACCAGCCUAGGACAAUUGGUUGCUACCUACGCUCCAUUUGAAAAGUUUGCAAGAGCUCCAUUUUACACUAGGGCGUGGUUGAGUCAGAGACGAAAGGCUUUCACAGAGAGCGUUGGGACCAUCUACUCGUUGGCCAUUAUACGGAGGAGGCUGCGGAAAAUGGAUCCAUUUCGACCGGUGGAGUUUGCCAAGUCUGCUCAGCAACAGCUCAUCGAUACAAAUGCUGCGCUACGAGACAAGGAUAAACGCAGGCUUCGGGCCUUGUUGACCGAAAACGCAGUUGAGUCCCUGAAAGAAGAGGUGGAGCAUCGGCAAUUUGUGUGGAAGUUUCUGGAACAAAUUGAGCGGCCCCGAGUCGUCAAUGCCAAAAUCAUCCCCAUGGAGAGCAAGGAAAACUACUUUGCACAAGUCGUCGUGCGAUUACAUUCCUCACAGGUUAUGGUGGUUUAUAAUGCUGUUGGUCAUAUUCUGAGAGGCCACCCAAGCAAGCCCAAUAGAGUGAUAGACUAUGUGGUAAUGGAGCGACAUCUGGAGACCAUGGGCAGUGGACUCGGAUGGAGGAUAGCGGGGAAGCUUCCACCACAAAUCCCAUGGAAAAAGGCUUUGCCAACAACGUCAGACAAGCCUCAAGGGGCCCUGCCCACUGCAUGA